AAAAAAAAAGAAAAUACUGAGUACGUGGAGAUGGUGCGAUCAAUGCAAGGAUAUCUUUGAUGAAAUUUGGAUAAUUAGUCGAAGAAUCUUCAGCGAGACACAAAAUAUCCAGGAUGAAGUGGGAAAAGCUGAAGCCCCCUGAGCCUGACGACCCGAUGUGCUGCUGUGAGUGUGAUCUCUCCCAGUGCUGUGACUGUGAAGACCUGGACAAGGCUUUUAACAGCUGGCUGAAGAGCAAACACCUCAAAUGUGGUUUCCAGUCUCCAGUUUUGCGGGCCAUAAUUGAUAACCUCGAGAUCUCCAUGAUCCCAGCUCUGGUAUUAUUGCCUCUCCUCCUCCGAAUUGCAGCUCUACACUUUCUUUUGGGCGUGACUGUCCUGACUGUCCUGCCUGUCCUUGUGCUCUGGUACUAUUAUGCCACUCACCAAAAGAGGCGCCGCACCCUCUUCUUCCUCACGUUGGCGCUAUACUCUCUGGCCUACAUGUAUUACCUCUUCAUCACAGAGAUUUUACCUCGGGGAAAUGUCAGCCACAUGCAGCUCUGCACCGUCACCACUGGCAUGAUCCUGACCAUCGUCUCUCUCAUCAACACCAAAAAAGGCCCAGGAUUUGUCACCCCAGAUCUAUACGACACACAGAAAUAUGAAAGCACAGAAGUUAAUGGAGAUGUAAAGUCCCAAACAACGAAAAAGUCCAAUAGAGGCAAGUGGGUGCGAUGUCCUGUGUGCAAAAUCAUGAGACCUCCACGAGCAGGACACUGUCGAACCUGUGGGGCCUGUGUCCAACGCCUGGAUCAUCACUGCAUCUGGAUAAACAGCUGUGUGGGACAAUCCAACCACCGCAGUUUCCUGUUGACCCUGGGUCUCUUCCUGGUGACAUCUGUGUAUGGCAUGAGCCUGGUUCUGCACAGCAUCUGCCCAGGGCACUAUGUGCUGACUGCUGCCUUCUACUGUCCAGGAGUCUACUCACACUACAGUACAGCUCUGUGCUUCACCUGUGUGUGGUACAGUGGAAUCAUCACAGCUGGGCUUUUUUACCUGAUGGUGGUACAGCUCCUAAACAUCAGCUUCAAUGUAACAGAGCGUGAGGCCCAGCUGGCCCUCAGGAGCGGCACAGGGCAGUGGCGUCUAUGUGGACUGGUGCUGGUCACAGGAGAGUACUCACACGGAUUCACUCACAACUGGCUCGAGUUUCUCACCAUGACACGUGCCUCUAUGUCAGGAAAAUGGUACCUGACUGGAUUUGCAACUAACGCUCAGUGGUUCAUCAUACAUAAGAUAACCAUGAGAACAGGCACGUCAACUUUCACACCAAUGGAUGGGGACUUAGACAUGCCCUUUGAAAGUCUCAACCCUGAUGGCACUUGCUUCAGAAUGCACAGCUUGGCCAAGAAGACUGGUGUGCCUGGAAAAUUCACCUAUGCUGGCCAUGGAAGUAUGAAUGACAUGCGGAUAGUGGACGUUAAGUAUGAUGAGUACGCACUGAUUUACACAGUCAGGACCAUUGGAGAUACUUCAGAUGCUGUCAUCAAAGCUUACAGUCGUGCACAAGAGCUCAGCUCAGCUAUACAGGAGAAGUUCAAGCAGUUUGCCUUGGAAAAUGGGGUCCUCCCAGAAAAUGUGGUCAUCUUGCCCAAGAAUGGUAAUUGUGCCAGCUUUGCCAUUACAGAAGAUGACCAGAGAGCACAGCUUAGCCUGAAAAAAUGUCAGGUGAAUAAGGGCACGGAGAAUCUUCUUUGUGGACUUCAGUUCAGCCUUCAAGCCUCCAGAGGCACCUAA